UACAAGUAUCGAGUGAUCGAGUCUUUACCCUACGCUAGGGUUUUUUCUUCUUCAUCUUCUUCCCUUAUUCUCUUUCCUCGAAACAAUUCUCAUGGCCGACGAAUCUCAAUAUUCAGUGGGCAACGACGCCACGACACCACCCUCCUUGAAGCGCAAGUACAACGACGAUCAACCCCCAACCCACAGACCCACCGGAUUCUCCGACACACCGGAGGUGGUGCCGCCACCCUCCUACAACAGCGUCCCUCCCCCCGCCGCCACCGGCAUCGAGCUCGCCAAGCAGCGUGCUCAAGAGGUCGCCGCUCGCCUCCUCAGUGGAGCUCCUCCUCUCGACCCCAAGCGACCCAAGGUCGAUAACGGCGCUCCCGCCGCUUACGAUUCAAUCGAUUUGAAGCCUCAGUACUUAGCUCCUUCGAUUUCUCCAUCGUACGGGCAUCAGGGUCAGGGUGCUAGCAAGAAGAUCGAUAUCCCUAAUGGAAGGGUUGGUGUCAUCAUUGGUAAGGGUGGCGAGACCAUCAAGUACCUUCAGUUGCAGUCCGGUGCCAAAAUUCAAGUUACUCGUGACAUGGACGCUGACCCCAAUUCUCUAACUAGGACGGUUGAACUUAUGGGUACAGCUGAUGCUAUUGCUUCUGCUGAGAAGCUCAUCAGUGAAGUUUUAUCUGAGGCUGAAUCUGGAGGUUCUGGCAUUGUUACUCGUCGACUGACCGGACAAGCUGGGUCUGAUGAGUUUGUGAUGAAGAUCCCAAAUAACAAGGUUGGUCUUAUAAUUGGUAAAGGAGGAGAAACAAUAAAGAAUAUGCAAGCUUCGACUGGAGCAAGAAUUCAGGUGAUUCCUCUUCAUCUUCCCCCUGGUGACACAUCCACAGAGAGAACAUUAAAAGUUGAAGGGACCCCAGAACAAAUUGAGUCUGCGAAACAAUUGGUUGAUCAAGUCAUCAGUGGUGAUAAUCGUGUUAGAAAUUCAGCAAUGUCUGGUGGUUAUUCUCAGCAAGGUUACCAGGCCCGGCCACCCUCUAGCUGGGUUCCCCCUGUUGCUCCUAUGCAACAACCUGGUUAUGGCUAUGUGCAGCCUGGAGCAUACACUGGUCCAUCACCCCAGUAUAGCAUGCCUCAACCGUCAUAUGCAGGAUAUCCUCCCCAGUCAUCUGGUGGAUAUUCCACCAAUUGGGACCAGUCCACUGCACCUCCCCAGCAGUCUACUCAUGCUGGCUAUGAUUACUAUAGUCAACAGCAGCAACAGCAAAAUACUGGGGUUCCUGCACCUCCAGCUGAUGGGACUGCUUACAGUUAUAGUCAACCACCCUCCUCUGGUUAUAACCAACCAGGACAGGGCUAUGCUCAGGAUGGCUAUGGUGCAUAUCAUGCUCAACCACAAUCUGGGUAUGGUCAGCCGCCAUCAUAUGAUCAGCAGCAAGGUUAUAGCUCAGCCCCCAGCUAUGGUACUGGGAGCAACCCGGCACAAGAGGGUCACGCUCCCAACUAUGGAUCACAGGGGGAUUCAACCCAAGUUCUGCCUGUCCAACCUUCAAUGUCCCAGCAAGGUUAUGGUACUGGCCAACAGCCUAGCCCAAAUGCUGCUAACUAUCCACCACAAGGUGCUGCUCAGGCAGGCUAUGGGGUGCCCCCAACCACCCAAACAGCUUAUGGCAAUCAACCCCAGGUGCAGUCUGGUUAUGGACCUGGUUAUGGACCUCCUCAAACUCAAAAGCCUACAGGCACUCCACCUGUUUAUGGACAGUCACAGUCACCUAAUGCAGCAGGAGGGUAUGGUCAAUCUGGGUAUCCCCCUUCACAGCCCCCACCUUCUGGUUAUGGUGGUGCUGUACAACCAGGGUACGGUCCCCCAUCAUAUGGUGCUCCAGCGAGUGGUCAACCUGGUUAUGGUCAGGCACCUCCUUCAUACAGCAACAGUUCUUAUGGUGCUGGCUACCCCCAGCCCCCAGCAUAUUCUAGUGAUGCUAAUUCAGGUGGGAGUACUCGUGGAAGCUAUGAGGGAACACCUGCACAGACUGUUCAACAGGGUAGUGUUGCUAAAACGUCACCUCAGAGUUGAUAUUGUAGUUUGUUUAUUUUGGAUUUUUUGAAUCGACGGUUUUAUAGUAUUUUUAUUGUAUUAGUGACAUCUACAUAGCUUUUGCGAUGUUUGACAUGGACGCAUUAUUAAACCCUUUAUCUUGCCUUAAAAUUAGGUGGUAAAAUUCCUGUUUUUGUGUGUACGUCACAUGGCA